AUGCUUUCAACCUCACAGAAGCCUAUUAUCAUUGAUACUGCUGCACAAUCGCAGAACACGCCCUCCUCGUUUGCUGAGAAAGAACGAGGCAACGCGACCUGGCAUACACUCUUAUCCUCACCAGGAACUGCUAGCACUUCCUUGACCAGUGGUAUCGCGACAUGCCCCACCAACGGCGCCCUAGCACUUCAUCGCCACACGCAAGCAGAAGUUUACUACAUCCUUGAUGGUUCGGGAGAAGUAGAGAUCGAAGGAGAAAGAUACCCCGUCUCUAAGGGCAACCUGGUCUGGAUACCCGGAGACGCAGAACAUGGGGUGUUUUGUGGCGAUGAUGAGCUGAAGUGGCUCUAUAUCUUUCCUGAAAGCAGUUUUGAUAAUAUCAUUUAUCGGUUUAGCAGCGAGGUGAAGAAGGUCGGAGAUAAAAUCAAGCCUAAGCUGUAG